AUGGAGUCCUCAUUCAUAGUUCGGCCUCGUCCGAAACAAUCAGUUCUACCAGCUCACCAAAAGAAGAGAAAGUUCGACCACAAAAUCGAGGAGAUCAAUUUCGAUUUAAGUGCCCGCGAGGAUUAUUUGACUGGUUUUCACAAGCGGAAAGUUCAGCGGUCGAAGCAAGCACAGGUGGAAGGGGACAAGAAAGCCAGGGAAGAGAAGAUUGUUAUGAGAAAACAGUUACGAGAAGAGAGGACAACAGAGUUGAACGAGCAUGUUAAAGCUGUGAAUGCGUUGCUAGAGGAUGUGGAAGAAAGGUUCGAUGGAGGAGAUGGAGAUGAAUGGGGAGGCAUAGAGGAUGAGGUGGAAGAGGAAAAGGUGGAAGAAGACGUGGUGGAUCAUGAAGAGGAAUACAUCGACGAGGAUAAAUACACAACAGUCACAGUUGAGGGGAUAGAAAUAUCGAAAGAAGGGAUCACAAAAACUGCGGAUGCGGAUGAUAGUGAUGAUGGUAUAGAGGAGGCGCAUGGGAAGGUCACGAAAGAAGAAGAGACGGGCAAGAAGGUCUGGCCCAAGAAAGUAAAGAAGAAGAAGUUCACAUAUGAGACCAAGGCGGAAAGGAAAUUGACGAGACAAAAGCAGAAGUCUUCAGGCAAAAAAGCAGCCGAGGCGCGACGAGGCAAUAAUUAA